UGCACUGUGGUCCGCCAGGCCGGCGGGGGGCGCUGAGCGCCGCGGGCGACGCUUCGUGGCGGGGCCCGGCUUCUGGAAGGUUCCGGUGGUGGGAUUUGGGGCCGCGGCCAUGGGUCGGAGUCGGAGCAGGUCCCCGCGGAGGGAGCGUCGUCGGUCAAGGUCAACAUCCAGAGAAAGGGAAAGAGCCAGACGGCGUGAGCGAUCCAGAUCACGAGAGCGAGAUAGAGACCGCAGAAGGAGUCGUUCAAGAUCACCUCACAGAAGGCGGUCAAGGUCUCCACGACGGCAUAGGUCAAGUUCAGCAUCUCCUUCAAGGCAGAAAGAUCAGGAGGCGAAAGAACAUGAGAUUUCAGAAGCAGACAUGGAGGGAAAAACAGAGGAAGAGAUUGAAAUUUUAAAGGUGAUGGGAUUUGGUGCUUUUGAUACUUCAAAGGGAAAGAAAAUGGAGGGUUCUGUUAAUGCUUAUGCUGUUAACGUACAGCAGAAAAGGAAAUAUCGGCAGUACAUGAACAGAAAGGGUGGAUUUAACAGACCUCUGGAUUUCAUUGCAUAACUUAUUUUAGGUCUGGAGUGCCUGAUGGUGGCAUGUGAAGUUCCUAACACUGUGGUCAGAACAAUAGCAGUUAUUCCUCAUCUUAUGCCAUAAUUUCCAAGCAGAAUCUGCAGAAUUUUGUUUUUGCGUAUCAGGGUAAACCACCAGUAGUGGGCACGGUUGUUUUGACAAGGAGGUGGAAGUACUCUUCAAAUUCAUCAUCUUUGAACAUCAGAAUUGUUAAUUUUUAGAGUCUGCAACUUCAACAUUAAUCUAUGUUUGUUCUUGAAUUGUAUUUUUUAUUUCAGAUAUCUAACAUUAAGUUUUGUCUUAUUAUUAUGGUAUUGAAGUUGUGAAAGUUUCCACCUUAAAAGAAAAUGAAUCUUGUGCAGAAUAUUUGUAUUGGUGAACAUCAAAUUUUGCUGAAGCAAGUGUAAAUUGUGAACAUGUAGAACACUGUCUCUAGUGAGUUUAAGUGUAUGGCCAUGUUAAUACCAGCUGCUGGUUUUGUGCUCCACAUCUCCAAAUUUCGUUUUACCUACUCUUUCUGUGGUUUGAAUCGAUAACGUACAUCCUGGAACUUGAGUUUAAUACGCAAUGGUUUGUUACAAGUGCAAAUGCCAGUCUUUGCUUUGAUUUUAACUGACACAUUUUUGAUAUCUCAUAGUGACCCAUUAUAUAUGCACUCCAGAUUUUACAUGACAAAAUCCCUAUUUGCAACACAAUAAAUGGCAACAUCAAGUAAAACACUAUUAAAAUAGAAACAGUUGGUUUUCCUGAACUAAGUAAAAUUCACUGCUUGCAUUAAGGUGUGUUAUGUGCAGAUUUCAGUGCAAUUCAAUGUUUGGGGUAUGUACCAUUCAUUAGCUUCACUGAUGGGAACUCUUGAGAGUUAUAUUAAUGUAUUUAGAAUAAUUACAUUUAGAAUAAAACAGAUCUUUGAAAAGCAAUAAUAGGAAGAUUUGGUAUUCAGCACACAGUAAGUGUUGCCCUUCAUACAACCACCUUCCUGCAAUCACUUUUGUAACAGGUCCCACUAAAGAGUUCAUCCAUUAUGUAAUUUUCCUCUCAUUCCUGAAUUACCUAGGAAUGAUCUGAAAUAAUUACGAGGAGUGGGACAGCGAGGAGCCCGGCAAGUGUGUGAUGUGCUGAGAGGAAAGAGAGAAAUUAUCUGGGUAAAUGUUAGCCAAGUUGGAGUUUGAAAUAUACUCUAUUACCUGUAGUCUUUAUGCAUUUUAUGUAUAGCUACCAGAUCCCUUAAAGCUACUUACAAAGUUAAGCUGUGCUUCUCACAAAAUACUACCAUGUGAGAAUGGGCUGUGAUUUUAAUUUUCUUGUGUCGUGCUAAAUUUAAUAAUAGUUAAGUCAUAUGGCAAACCACAGAUAUUUAGGAGCUCAGUGUAUGCUAACUGAUAAUCUCCUGACUACUUGCUUCUCCCUCAAACAGCAAUAGUAUAAGUUUCACUUUAUGGCAGUCCCUGCAAAUUGUUAACACCGGUCAUCAGGCAUAGAACAACAUCAUAGUGCUCAAAAGUUAGGGUCUGUUUGAAUGAACGUAGUUAUUAUUAGCUGUAUUUGUCAUGAGUUUGCAGUUUCCACAAUUUAAGAUUUCAUAUUCUAACUAUUUCACUUUUGGAGUUUUAUUUAUAUAAUUUCUUAUGUUCAUUUAAAAAAAAAUUUUCAAAGCUGAUCAGCCAGGGAAUGGUAGAAGAAUUGGGGAAGUUUUCAGGUGGCCAAAGGGUGACAUCGUGGAGUUUUAUGUUGCUCAGUCCUCACUGAUCAACAUAAUUCAAAAUGCUUCAAUUUGCAGCUCAAAGAAUAUUCAUUUCCAGUUGAAGAAAAGCUUUCACCUAUUUCGAACAACACAUGCUCCAGUAGCUCACUGCCAAGUGAAUCAUCAAACUACUUGCACUAGUAUGCACCACUGAUGACGAUGUCUAUUCUCGAAUUCACUAUUUUUCACCAAUCAGGUAUUGACCUCUUGCUGUUUUGAUGCCUAGGAUCAGUUAUCUUUAAAUGAAAUACCAUUAACAAGCUAAAUGUGAACCAAAUACAAAGUAAACUUUUCUAACAGAGCAGCAGGUUUAUGCUUGUAAAUCUGAUCAAACCUUAGUUUGGGUUUCAACUCUGGACCAAUGUGUAUUGGACAGGAGUAAAUAUGGGCAUAUCUUAAUGAUGUGCAACACAACCUCUUAGUUGUUUAUGAUUUUGAAGCUCCUCCUUUGUUGAGGUGUAUUAAUGAAAUUCCUGAGAUUUGUAUUGUAAUGUCUGUCUUAAAGUCCCAAGUGGACUUGCAGAUUUCUGUAAACUUUCUAAACCUGAGGUUUAUAUGCAAGUCUCUUUGCUGGCUUCUAUUUUGUUGUAAUGGUGGAUAGAUAGCUACUGUAUCAUUUUCAGUUGUUAAUAAAAACAUUUAUGAC